AUGGUCGCUUCAACACCAGUGGGCUCCUUCUGGACCGUCCUGUUCUUGUGCACGGCCUUCCUCUCGCUCUGGUCUACACCGUGUCACGGUCUCGACAUCUCUUAUUGCUCUCCGGACAACAACGCGGGCACUUACCAAGGUCAAUACAACGAGUUCCAAUCAAAUGGAGCCUGUCAAGUGCAAUGUCAGGGUUCUUUUGCCUUUGCCGUCCUCCAAGGCUACUACUGCUGGUGCUCAAACUACAUCCCUUCUCCGCAGGAAAGCACGUACAACUGCAACCAGCAAUGUCCUGGCUUUGACACGGAAUGGUGUGGCAACACCGACUCUGGCCUUUAUGGAUACUACCUCUUGAGUGCUGGAGUCCCUCUAGGAACCUCUGGUUCGACGUCCAGUACACCCUCCACAACAUCAUCCCCUUCCUCAAGUCCCUCGUCGUCGGUUAGUAUUGAUACCUCCACCUCCACCGUCACUUCCAAUUCCGUAUCCGCAUCCACGUCCUCCUUGGAUAUUGGAACUCCCACUUCCUCCCCUGAUCCCGAUACCUGGAUAGUCUCCCGUUCCUCUUCUUCUGUGGUAACAUAUGGAUCAUCUCAGAGUUCUGACGUGGCUGGCGUUGUGACUUGGUCAAGCGACACCUCGAUGAGCUCAGUGAGCUCCACUAUUCCCACCUCGACUCCGUCACCAUCGACGACAAAUCCACCGCCGAGUUCGAGCCCAAGCCCAAGCUCAGGCUCAAGCAGCCCAACGCCGACCGCAGUCUACACCAGUGUCACCACUGUAACGGGCGAAGUUCGAACGGUGGUUGUGACCCCAUCUCCAGCUGCCACCUCGGAUGCCACACUCGGCCAGAGUUCCACUGCGGGUGGCAGCGGCGUCAGCACUGGCAAGGUUGUUGGCAUAGUGCUUGGCGUUGCUUUGGGCAUCGGCGGUCUGAUCGGAACUGCGGUGUACUUCUGGUUUCGCCGACGCCACAGGAAAUUACAGCAAGAAGGCGGACCGGAAACGGCAUAUGUUCCUCGGACAGGCGACACUUCGCCAUCCAACAAUGUCCCGUCACGGCAAGUUAGUCAGUUGUCGUCGUCAGGCUUAUUAGGGACUAAGAUUCCCCGCAUCAACACGUCUGGAGUCACUCUGGGCAAUGACCUGCGAAGCGCCGACACUGGCUCGACGGGCUUUGACCGUCGCAGCCUGGGCACCGACCAGCGACUGAACCCGUAUGCGUUGUACAUCCACGACGAGAGCCGCCUUAGCAAUGUGUCUCUUCAAGACAACCAGGAUUAUUCCAGGCAGCUACGGGUGAGCAUCCGUGCCUGA